CUUUUUCUCACCAGUUGUGAUGGCCAACACUGUUGCUACUCUGGUGGUCCAAACUGAACUCUUACCUUCUCAGACAUCCUCCUCCCGCUCUCCCUUUCCUUCCCUCCUCCCCUCCGUAGAGGAUGGAGAGGAGGAUGGAGAGAAGGGAGAAGAAGAGGGCAAAGAGUCAGGAACCGUCGGGCUCACAGGUGACAUUGUGACAUCGUCAACACCCCCUGUUGCAACAGUGGCUCAAAACCCAGAGCAUCCAUUCCAGUGUUUGGACUGUGGCAAGAGUUUUAAGUGGUCAUCCAGACUGGCACAUCAUCAGAGAAGCCAUAACAAUGAGAGGCCAUAUCGCUGUAACCUUUGCCCUAAGGCCUUUAAAGGCUCAUCUGCCCUACUAUACCACCAGAGGUCUCAUUCUGGAGAGAAACCUUAUAAGUGUGAUGACUGUGGUAAAGCAUUCAAACGCUCUUCUCUUCUGCAG